AUGACUAGGGCGGGGACUGUUAAGGUGAUUGAGGGACGGGAGGGGGUCGUGGAGUAUGGGUUUGAGGGACUGAGUGGGGAGGUGAAGGCGAUAGGGGGGUAUUUGAAGGGGAAAGGGGCAGGGAGGGUGGUGGUGCAUUUGAGUAAUUCUGUGGAGUUUUUGGUGGCGCUUUUUGCUUGCGCGUUCUAUGGCCUUACGCCUAUUUUGGUUCCGACGCAGGAUAGUGUGGAGGAUCUGGCUACUGUUCUCAAGAAGGCGGAAGCUGAUACUAUUCUUGUGGGUGCUGGGUCUGUGCCUCUUACUGAACUUGUCAAGCUCUAUGGCGGGUUGAAGCAGGUGGUCUGGGUCGUUGCUAGGACAAGUAGGCAUAUGGAUUGGCAUGAAGUGCCGGAGGGAGAGGGUGGCAAUGCUGGCGUCGCAGUGUGGCAUGAGAUCAUCGAAGAGGCGAAGGAUGAUUCCGAUCUUCCUGGUGAAGAGACUGGAUCCAAGGACACGGAUGUUCUCAUCGUGACAAAGGGUGAAAAGGGAGUUGAGAUUGUGAAAUACGCACAAGAGAACAUCGUCGCAGCAGUGAGCGGCCAGCUUGCCGUACUUCCUCGUUCGUAUGCAGCAACAUUACAGCACCAUUUGACACCACUGGAUACGGUGAUUUCGCUCGCGCCGCUGACUGACAUCUAUCCUUUGACUGUCUUUCUCGCAGCAAUGUACGCGAACGCUUCUCUUGCUCUCACAUCAGUGUGCGGACCGCAAGCAACUUACGCAUCUGCGUUCAAAGGCGUCGCGCCAACCAUCAUCAUUGCUUUGCCGAAUACGCUGAGCAGGCUGGUCGCAGACAAUGAAUCGCACCUUUCAGGGUCCUUUCAUAAAUAUAUGCACGAUCGAAAAUUACAGUCGCUGAAGAACGGAUCUAUGCCAAAGAACACGCUUGGUGUUCGAGACGUCAGACUGGUCUACACUUACGACAACUCCACGGGCUCUAACAAGGCAACACUCAGUGCUUCGCAGCUCAACAGCCUACGGAUCUUCACCCGUGCUCGCAUCAUCUUCGCUCAUACAGCACCUGAAGUUGCAGGAGCAGUUUGCCAAACCAACCCCUUGGAUUAUUCCAAUCGAGGGCUCCAUCCCAACGCGCCAAGUCAUUUGGGACCUCCGUUGGGCUGUUUAGAAUUGAAAAUGAAGGCUCAGAAAGGAGAAGAGGAUAUUAAUGAUAACAAGCCUACGGGGAAUCCUGUUGUGACUGGCCCUGCAGUCGUUGGAGGAGAGGUUGUUCUAAAUGAGGUUUUGACUCUGACGGACAACAACACUCUUGCAUAUGCUUGA